UGGAAUGCUACUAGUUUCUUCUUGUAGAGGUAAAAAGGAACUGGGCGUAUACAUUAGACUGCUCGAUGAACGCCCAUCGUUGGAAAAAGUAGUCCCUUUAAGUCGCAGUCUCGACCAGCCCAGACCUGUGUCUCAGCGUUUCUUUACUUCAGACAGGGAGGGGAGCCAAGAGGUCACUAUACGUCGAGGAAGAAUGGAAGACGUCCCUGGAGUCUGGAAACUGACAGCGGAGGCCAAGUGGAAUAUUCAUCAAGAUAUGAUUGAGACCCACUUCAAAAUAAGUGAAAAUGGCUGGACCGUUGCAGAAAAGGAGGGAGAUAUUGUGGGUUGCCAUCUGUCGCAUGACUUUAGUGAUGGCCUGAAGACAGCCGGUCACUUUAUAGUGUCCUCAAAGUUGAGGGGUCAUGGUGUUGGUGCUGAAAUGAUGAUCAAGUAUUUAGAGGAAUUUGGGGACAGGAAUAUUUAUUCAAGCUCCAUUUCGUAUAUGUUAGAUACAUAUGAAAAGUACUGCGGCGCCCCGCUUUCUAAAGGAGGCACGGGAGGAAAAUAUUACGGCGUCUUCAAGAACAUCUCUCUUCCGCCAGAUACGGAACAAAAAUACCAUACAAUUGACUUUAGACAUAUUGACCAGGCGGACCUCAUUAAUUAUGAUACGACAUACCACGUGGUACCAAGACCGGAAAUGCUGAAGAUUUGGCUCGGCCAAACAACGGCAAAAUCGCUUGUUUUGUUAGAGAAAGGGAAGAUAGCUGGAUACGGAUCAAUCAGACCUGCUAUGAACGGUUUCUACCUUGGACCUCUGUAUGCAGAAAAUACAGUCGGAACCAUGGUUCUCUUCAAGGCUAUGGUGGACCUCAUUCCAAGAGAUUCCAACAUCGAUUUUUUUCUGCCACAUGCGAACGAGGCGGGCAGAGAGAUUCUGAAGGCCAACGAAAGCACCGUAGGGUUGUACGACACUUUCCACAAAUUUGCCACGAAGAGUUAUAUACCAGUGCCAAAGUGGAAUAAUGUAUUUGCAUUACUCUCUAACGAGUGUGGAUUGUGCUAAGACUAUACAUUAUUCUGGUUAGUUGUAUCAUUUAAAUUGGUUUAUGGCCCAAAUAAAGAAAGUGUAAUUAACGACACGGUAGCUUACCUAUUGUACAUUUUAAAUUUUGAGACCAUAUUUAAACAAAUGCGCACACCUGUAGAAUCAUAUUAUCACGGGGCUAGUAAUUAACUGUAUGUAAAAUGACAAUACUUCUGAGUUUACUUGAAAUGACUAAUGAUUAGAAGUGUCGUCGAGCACACUGUGUCUC